AUGGCUUUAGUUUUGAGAAAGGCAGUAUUACCAAAGAACAUCUCUUUGUUAAAAUGGAUAAAAGGCCGGCCCUUAGCUACCGCGGCGAAAAGAUCAGACGCUACAGCGAUAUCAACUCUCGGGCCGCGGUUGACUGUCAAGGAACAAGUAAAGAGUAUGUUGCGAGAUAUGUCAGCGAUCAAGAUAAAAAAACCUCAACCAGUGGAACAAGAAAAAGCGAAGACUCCAAUAUCAUUGCAUAAGAGUAACUCCUGCCCGUGUCUCCUCCCGAGCAGAGGCACAGAGGAAGGAUUCGUAUGUCGUUACCAUCAGUCAUGGUUACCGCGCACAAAGUCAGCUAUUUUUCCAAGCCAAAGCCAAGCUCACGAGCGUGGUUCCGCAAAUCUCAGCCCUCCUCAUAUCCAGUCUUGUUUCAUGCCCUCUCAAGCGGAGCAGUGGCCAUGCCUACAACACUAG